AUGAGCCUUCGGUGGACAGAAGACUGCAGAAAAUCAACUUACCCUCCUUCUGGACCAACCUAUCGGGGGCCGGUGCCAUGGUACACCAUCAACCUGGACUUACCGCCCUACAAGAGGUGGCAGGAACUGAUCACCGACAAGGCACCUUCGCUAAAGGUUAUGCUGAAUUACCUGAGGGAUGCAGCAAAUAUAUUUGUUCCAAGUGGAAAACUCAUGAAGAUAGUGGAUGAAAAGUUGCCUGGUCUACUUGGCAACUUUCCUGGCCCUUAUGUGGAGGAAAUGAAGGGGAUUGCAGAUGUUACUGGCAUACCUUUUGGAGAGAUUAUUUCAUUCAAUGUUUUCUAUGAAUUUUUUACCAUUUGUACCUCAAUCAUAGCAGAGGACAAGAAAGGUCAUUUAGUACAUGGGCGGAACAUGGAUUUUGGAAUAUUUCUUGGGUGGAAUAUGAAUAAUAAUACCUGGACCGUAACUGAAGAGCUAAAACCUUUAACAGUGAAUUUGGACUUCCAAAGAAAUAAUAAAACUGUCUUCAAGGCUGCAAGCUUUGCUGGCUAUGUGGGCAUGUUAACAGGAUUCAAACCAGGACUCUUUAGCCUUACACUAAAUGAGCGUUUCAGCACAAAUGGCGGUUUUAUGGGUGUCUUAGAAUGGAUUUUGGGAAAGAAAGAUGCUAUGUGGAUUGGGUUUCUCACUAGAGCAGUUCUGGAAAAUAGUACAAGUUAUGAAGAAGCCAAGAAUAUAUUGAUCAAAACGAAGAUACUGGCCCCAGCAUACUUUAUCCUGGGAGGCAACAAGUCGGGGGAGGGCUGUGUGAUUACACGAGAAAGAAAGAAAUCUUUGGAUGUUUACGAACUCGACCUCAAGCAGGAUAGAUGGUAUGUCGUAGAAACUAACUAUGACCGUUGGAAACGUCCCCUCUUCCUCGAUGAUCGCAGAUCAGCUACCAAGACGUGUCUAAACCAGACAACCCAGGAGAAUAUCUCAUUACCAACUAUCUAUGAUAUCCUGUCAACAAAACCUGUCCUCAACAAGCUGACUGUAUUCACAACCUUGAUGGACGUUACCAAAGGUCAAUUUGAAACGUACCUUCGGGAUUGCCCAGACCCUUGUAUCGGCUGGUGAGCACACACCUGGCCUACAGAGUGCACUGUGACGUCAAGGGGGGAGCUCACAGGUGGCCCACGAGUGCAGCCAUCGGAUCUCUGACCAAGAACUAAGACUCAGGGCAGCUUCUCUUUCAGGCAUGAGCUUGUCCGUGUCUUUGUAUGUUUACAAUUCACAGGCUAUUUGUGCCGCAACAGUUGACUGUUCUUAUUUACAGAUAAUUUAAGUACAGCAAUCAUUUAGAAUUUGUUGAGUUUCAUUUCACUUUAACAUUUGGGGAUGGGCAGUUAAACUAUCAUGGGACCCACUUCUAUAGAAUAAAGCAGGAGUCUUAUGGGCGCUGAAAUCAGCACAUCUGCGUAAUAGCUACAGCAA